AUGCCUGCCUCACAGUUUGACAAGGCAUUCUCUCUACUGGAGCAAUCGUUUCGAGACGCCAACUUCCUGAAAGCAUAUAAGGCAUUGCCCUCGCGACAGACGACCGAAAAGGCCGAAUCUCCUAGGCACGCAGACUUCUCCGACGACGAUGAUGAUUCGGACUUGGACUUCUCGGACGCCAGUAUGCACGAAGGAUAUGGACCUAGAGACGCUCCUUCUAUCUCUCUCAUGCGCCGUAGCUCGACGCUGCCUCCCACCCCGCCUACACAAUCGCGCAAUGUGAGUGCAACAUAUGCUCAUCUGGUGCCUUUGCCACGAGAGAAAGCAGGCACCAAUACGCCUCCGAACCAGCAAAGACCGCCAACUCCCGAUCUCACUCCACCGAAUCUCCGCAUCAAGGAUCUUGCGCCGCCACGACCUAACAUGCCGCACUCUACCUCUUCGCGCGCCGAAUCUUUCAUGACCGCAAGAGAGACUCAAAGCCAAGCCAGUGCCAGCGCCAGCACGAGCCAGGCCAGUCUUCCGCUAAAGUCAGAAGCAGCACAUAAAUGGUUGGAUGCGACAAGGGGUAUGCGGUUGAGCAGUCUACCGCGGGGCGUUAUGGACAGUCAAAGCCAACUGCGGAGCACCUCAUCGGGUUCUGGAGAGACGACACCAACGCAAGAAACACAUGGUGCUUUUCCUGCACCAACCAUCUCUUCUAAUCUGGUAGAAUACAUUACUCCAGACGGCCUGGACAGACAAUCUUCUACCCCCGAGUCCGAGGCCGGCAAUUUCAUGAGGAAUGUAACCGUCCGCAAGAAGCGUGCUGAUCACGCUCACCAACAAACAACAUCCAGUCAAAAUAGUCUCACCAGUAGUCACAAGAUAUCGAAAUCUGCAGUCAUGCCACAUCUUGACGAAGUCGACGGGAGCCCCUCUACAGUCAAGCACGGAGAGACUCUUGAUUGGUCAGAGACAGACCACAAUAAACCGCACCAGCAAAUACGGAAUAAGAAUUCGAAACGUCUUUCUGCUGCAUCCACCACGUCGACUGUCAUCGAGGCCUUUGUCCUUACGGGUCCACCUCAACAGCAGAAGCAACCAGCCUUGCGACGAGUCAGCAGGGUCGAUACCUUACGCGAGGAUACUUCCUCAAGACGAAGCUCACUCGAGUCUCAGCACAGUUCGAGUUACAAGCCAUCGCCCCUGUCUGGACGAAAGCACUUGGUUAAUGGCAAUAUUGACGCAACACGAUCUGCUUCCAAUCCCGAGACUGGUCGCGCCAAAGUGCCGGUAAUUGUCAUCCCUGAGCGCCGUUCAUCUCGCUCCUACACCACGGCUGAGGUGACUGAAAAGACACAUUUGCUUACUUCUUGUCAGAAUCGGCUGCACCACUCGAAAAACCACGUUUCUUUAAAGCAAGACUACAUGGAAGGCGAGACUCCACGUACAUCACUGGAUCGAGAGAUCGAUCUUAACAGUGACAUCUGGCUCGAUUAUGCCUCUCCGGACCGAACUGAUCAACUUCUGCGAACAAAACUACGCCAUGUAUCUGCUCCCAUUCGAACCAGUACUGACUCUUCGAACAACACUUCGAGAGGCGUGUUUCAUCGCAUCAAUGGCCAGGAUGCGAAGAUAAAACUCGGCGCACAGCAAGGUUGGAAAAGGCACUCUCUCGACGCCGAACUUGAGUCACCCGAGCUGGAACGCCCAUCGAGGCUGUCCGUGGAACAUGUUCAGCCGACCGAUGACAGACUCUUGCUACCUUCUCAGCAGAGAAACCUGUCAAGUCAAGCGCUGUCUGACUAUGCCCAGCAGACCUCGCCUCGCAAGUCGUCUGAGUCCAGAGACAUCCAUAAUCUUCACUCUAGCACAAGCCCUUUCUCACAACUCUCCGAUCGAACAGACUCAAUGGAAUUGAACGAGGCCCAAGCUAUCAAUCUUUAUGCGCAUGAGAACAAAUCCCUGUUGAUGGUUCAGAAUGUGGCGAAAAGACGAUUGGCCGAAGCUCAGAACAUGGGUGGGACCAGCGACAUAGAAGCGCUCACAACCCCCGAGAGUGAAGAAGAGUCUGUCAUACCACCCUCGCAACCUACAUUCUACGCCGUCAUCGACACACCAACACCUACCACUCUCGAAGAUCCCAACCGUGUGGAAGUCGACUCCCCUCUCCGAAACCCGCGCACAGCCCCGCAACCACCACGUCUGCCCGCCGUCAUCGUCAGUCCUGCGACUCCAUCGUCUCAGUUCCGUAAGACGCCAUCUCCUCCCUCACCACCACUUCGCCGACCAUCUCUUGUCGAAAAGGCGCGAAGAUAUUCUGAAACAUUGAUCCAACCACUCCUUCCCUCCUCUCUUUCAAGACGAAAUAGUGUCUCGUCACAACGACCAAAGAGCCAACAAGACAGAGACACAACUCUACAUCCCUUCUGGCGACCUCGAGGCUUCUGGGACGAUUUCACAGACAGCGAGGAAGAAGAGUAUUCAGAUGACGAGUUGCCUCUGGGUGGAGAUACCUCUGACGUCCAGAGUCUAGAAUCUAUCGACCAAACCAGAGGUUGGAGACCCAAACGCUUAAGUGUGAGAUUACCUGGAUUCAGAGGCCAAGGAGGUUUCAUGCUAGGAAACUCUUUAGGGAUUGAUAGACACGGCACCAAUGUGCGUCGCCAUCACGUUUCCAUCACCAACGAUGACCCUCCGAGAUCUUUACAUCAGCAACACGCGGAUCAACAGAGAUCACUGCUCACAAGACUCUUUGUCUCGUUUCCUAGUCUCAGGAAAAGGAAAAGCACGGAUUUGUUGAGGGCAGCUGCGCAGAGUACGGAGAGUUUAAGGCGAUUGAGUCAAAGACAUCAACGUCGAUGGGGGUUUAGUGGGUUGAGGAGGAAGAUGGUGAGGAGGAGGGAGAGGAAACAGCAAGUCAAAAGGGAGAAGUAUAGAGAAGAGAUCAAAGGUAGGAUUGGGGCUCCUGUUUACGUGGAGGGAUGA